AUGAAGAAGUUGACAAAGGCGUUUGGUCUUCCUGUUCUGAAGAUUGAUGUUUGUGAAGAUAACUGCAUGUUAUUUUGGAAGGAAGAUAAAGAUUUGGUGGUGUGUCGAUUUUGCGGGAAAGAUAGAUAUCACCAGAACCAUGGAAAGGGGAAAAAGCGGCCCAAACAAAGAAUGUUUUACAUGCCUAUUACGGAGAGGUUGAAGCGAUUGUACCAACUUGAAGAAACUGCAGCACAAAUGCGAUGGCACGCAGAACAUGAGUCGCCCGAAGGAGAAAUGCAUCACCCUUCUGAUGGAGCAGCUUGGAAGCAUUUUAACAAGGUAUAUCCUGAUUUCACUGAAGAAAGUCGGAAUAUAUAUCUAGGCUUAGCAACAGAUGGAUUUAACCCAGUUGGUAUGAGUGGUGAAGCACACUCGGUCUGGCCAGUAAUUGUUACUCCGUAUAACUUACCUCCUGGGAUGUGUAUGAAAAGAGAAUAUUUCUUUUUAUCCGUCCUAGUUCCCGGGCCAAGACAUCCAAAGAAGAGCAUUGAUAUAUAUCUGCAGCCGCUAAUUGAAGAAUUGCAAAGUUUAUGGAGUCACGGGGCAGAAACAUACGAUAUCUCGAGAAAGGAAACAUUCACGAUGCGAGCCGCAUUAAUGUGGACAAUUAAUGACUUUCCUGCUUAUGGCAUGAUGUCAGGUUGGAUGACUCAUGGUCGUUUAGCUUGUCCAUAUUGUCUCGAUGAUACAAAGUCAUUUUGGUUGAAACACAGAAGGAAGCAUAGCUGGUUUGAUUGUCAUCGAAUGUUUCUACCUAAAGAGCAUCCUUACAGGAGAAAUGUCCAAGCGUUUCGAAGGGGGAAGACAAUAAGUGAUGAUCCUCCACCAUGGUUGACGGGAGAAGAAAUUCGCUAUGAAAGAAUCAACAACAUCGUUGGGCUGAAGAAAACGGUUGAAUGUGGAGGUAACGGACACGAGAAACCUGGAAGUAACAUAGAAGGCUACGGAAAAUAUCACAAUUGGGUGAAGAAGAGUAUCUUUUGGGAAUUACCGUAUUGGGAAAACCUUCUUCUUCGCCACAACGUUGACUUCAUGCACGUUGAGAAGAAUUUCUUUGAUAAUCUUAUUAACACGGUGCUUAAUGUUCCUGGGAAGACUAAAGAUAAUGCAAAGUCGAGGAUGGAUCUACCUGAUUUGUGCAGAAGGCAAGAGUUACAUAUCAAAGAUGAUGGAAAGAUGCCGGUCCCGAUAUUUCGGUUGUCAAAGGAAGAAAAAAAAGAAUUCUUGCGAUGGUUGAAGGAAGAUAUAAAAUUUCCAGAUGGGUAUGCUUCAAAGUUUAGUAGAUGUAUAGAUGAGACGAAUUCGAAGCUUUUAGGCCUAAAAAGUCAUGAUUGCCAUGUCAUCAUGCAACGGCUUCUCCCAUUUGCGUUUAAGGAGUUACUUCCAAAAAAUGUCCACAUCGCAAUUUCAGAAAUCGCACUCUUCUUUCGGGAUAUCUCUGCAAAAGUACUAAAAGAAGAAGAUGUCGCCAUUUUAAAAGAAAACAUUGCGGUGAAGCUUUGUAAUUUGGAAAAGAUUUUCCCACCUUCGUUUUUUGAUGUUAUGGAGCAUCUCGUUAUGCAUUUGCCAGAUGAAGCUGCUCUAGGUGGUCCAGUGCAAUAUAGAUGGAUGUAUCCUUUCGAGAGAUACAUGUACCAUCUGAAGAAAAAGGUUAGAAAUAAGGCACAUAUUGCAGGUUCCAUUAUUUUCCAAUGUCUUACCGAGGAGAUUUCUAGAGCUUCUGCACAUCACUUUGGAAAUCCAGAAGUGCCUGCUACCGUUUUGCAACCUGGAGAUAUUCGCUUUACAUAUCAUGAUCCAGAUGUGCCAAAUAUGUUUUACCAUGAAGGUCGAGUUAGUGGAAAAAUGGAGCAGAGGCAUCUAACCGAUGAUGACUAUAAUGUGUUACAAACGUUUUUGAUGCUCAAUUGUCCUGCAUUUGAGCCCUACGAAAGGAUGUUUGAGGAGUUUAUGAUGGACAACAACCCAAAUAUAUGUGGUGAUGAUCUACAAAUAGCGAAAGACAACCACUAUGCGGAAUGGGUGAAAAACUAUGUUAACAAAGCGAACACUGACUAUUACGGCUUGAUUGAGGAGAUAAUGAUGGUUGAGUAUUCUGGUUCUGUUGGGCUUAAAGCCAUGGUUUUUAAAUGUAAGUGGUUUGAUACAAUUGUGGGUCGGGGGAUUCGAAAACAUAAAUCGGGAAUCGUUGAUGUGUCUCCGCGCUGGCAGUACGAGAAAUACGAUCCAUUUAUCUUAUCUGGUAAUUGUGAUCAAGUUUGUUUCAUUCCUUAUCCGCGGGUUCGAGGCACAUCAGCAAACGAUUGGUGGGCAUGUACGAAAGUUGUGCCUAGAGGGGUUCGAGAAACUUCUGAAGAUGCUCUUACUGCGCUACAAGAUGAUACACACGACCAAGUUGUUGCACCAAGUGAAAUGUUACGAUUUGAAACUUAUGUUGUGGAAGAUGAUUCAGAUUAUGAUUCUACGCCGGUUGUUCCGCCCAAUGACGAAUAUGUUUCUGAAGAUGAGAUAGAACCGGCAUGUACCGAUUCUGAUUCAGGGUCUGAUUCAAGUUCUUAG